AUGGGACCACAAGUAUGGGAUGACUUCAUCAACCUGAAGGCGUCUAUUUCGAACAGGGAUACCAGAGCUGCCUUUGCUGUGCCGCAGCUCUACCUUUCCUUCCCGGGCAGGGCACCCGAGGGAACGCCGAAGAAGGUGCUGAAAGGCUCUAAAAUGGGGCAGAUCGAUGCGGGCAGCUCGGCUGAGAUGGAGGUCGGGCUGAUGCGGCGGGAGCUCAGUUCGUGGGACGCGUCGGACAAGGUUCGGACCAUUCCCAAGGGCGAGUUUACAUUCAGGGUCGGCUCCAGACUGGAGGACUUGCCGGCGGAAAAGGUAUCUUCGGUGUUGAGGGGACGAUUGAGAACAGCGCGGUGA